GGGUAGCGGAGCAGUCUGAGCCUAGCCUUGGGUUGAAGAGGAUUGUAUUUGGGAGCUCAAAGGCAAAAAAAAAACAAAAACCAAAAACCAAAACCAACAAAAACAAAAAAAAAAAAGGAGGAAAAAAAAAACCCCGAGAGGGAGGGGUAAAUCAUAUAUGUAGAUAGAGGUUUCCAGGCUCGGUUUUGGGGGCACUGGUCUUUUUUUUUUCUUUUUUUUUUUUUUUUAACCUUUUUGUUUUUUGAUGGAUAGACUUCGAAAUAUCUCAAGCUGUUCUCCUGUGUCCAACACGUCCCUUUGCAGAUCUCCUUGAUAUUUUUUUCCCUCCAAUUAUUAGUAUUAUCACCAUUAUUUUAUUUUUAGCUAUUACAAGACUUUUUUUAUUUCCAGAUGUUAGUCCACACCUAUUCCGCCAUGGACCGGCAUGAUGGAGUGCCCAGCCACAGUUCCAGGCUGUCCCAGCUGGGAUCCGUCUCGCAGGGACCCUACUCCAGCGCUCCUCCGCUCUCUCACACCCCAUCCUCGGAUUUCCAGCCGCCUUAUUUCCCACCCCCCUACCAGCCUCUUCCUUACCACCAAAGCCAGGACCCUUACUCCCAUGUCAAUGACCCCUACUCCCUAAACCCCUUGCAUCAGCCCCAGCAGCACCCCUGGGGACAGAGGCAGAGGCAAGAGGUGGGAUCAGAAACCGGGUCACUGCUGCCACAGCCUCGGGCCGCCCUGCCCCAGCUCUCGGGACUGGACCCCAGGCGGGACUACCACUCAGUUCGGAGGCCAGAUGUCCUCCUGCACUCAGCUCACCAUGGCCUUGACUCCGGCAUGGGGGACAGCCUUUCUCUGCACGGCAUCGGACACCCAGGGAUGGAGGAGGUCCAGUCAGUUGAAGAUGCCAAUAACAGCGGUAUGAACUUAUUGGACCAGUCUGUCAUUAAAAAAGAAAGGCGCUGUCCGUUGUACAAAAGGCAUCGGGGGGCUCUGGGUGAGACACAGGCUCAAACCCGAAAGUUGCCAGUUCCGGUUCCUCCAAAAUCUGUUACUUCUUUGAUGAUGAAUAAAGAUGGCUUCCUGGGUGGAAUUUCAGUCAAUACCGGAGAGGUGUUCUGCUCUGUACCUGGCCGCUUGUCUUUGCUUAGCUCAACUUCAAAGUAUAAAGUAACUGUGGGAGAAGUUCAAAGACGCCUUUCCCCUCCAGAGUGUCUGAACGCGUCCCUCCUAGGAGGAGUACUUAGAAGAGCCAAAUCGAAAAACGGGGGGAGAUCUUUGCGAGAAAGGCUAGAAAAAAUCGGUUUGAAUUUACCAGCCGGCAGGCGUAAGGCCGCAAAUGUCACUUUACUCACCUCCCUGGUGGAAGGUGAGGCCGUUCAUUUAGCUCGGGAUUUUGGGUACAUCUGUGAAACGGAGUUCCCAGCCAAAGCUGUUUCUGAGUACCUGAACAGACAGCACACGGACCCCAGCGACCUCCACUCCAGGAAAAACAUGCUGCUUGCUACAAAGCAACUUUGUAAAGAAUUUACAGAUCUCUUGGCCCAGGACAGGACGCCCAUUGGAAACAGCCGGCCCACCCCUAUUUUGGAACCGGGCAUUCAGAGCUGCUUGACUCACUUCAGCCUCAUCACUCACGGCUUUGGGGCCCCCGCUAUCUGCGCUGCCCUCACGGCCCUCCAAAACUACCUGACUGAAGCUCUCAAAGGCAUGGACAAGAUGUUCUUGAACAACAACACUGCUAACAGGCACACAUCUGGCGAAGGACCAGGUAGUAAAACUGGAGACAAGGAAGAGAAACACAGAAAAUGAGAGAGAGAGAGAGAGAAAGAGAGAGAGAGAGAGAGAGGAAAACAAUUAGAAUGAAAGAAAGGAAAAAAAAAAGUUAAAUAAAUAAAAGGAGAAGAGAGAGAUAAUCUUUUAAAACAAAACCGUCUUAAUUCUAGCUUUAAAAAUACUGGAUUGGGCUUUGGAAGAAUUCUAUUAGGUAGGACAAAAUAAUAAUAAUAAUAAUGAUAAAAUAAAAAUAAUAAUAAUAAAAGAAAGACAAUAAUUUAAGAUCAGAGGAGCACAAUGGCGCAAGACCAGUGGUUCAGAGUCUCUUGCCAGGAACAUGUGAAGACAACUACCAGGAUUUUUUUCCCCCCGUUCUGUUCUUUCACAUUUUUUAAAUAAUGAUUGGGGGGGAGGGGAAUAUAAUAAUAAUUAAUAAUAAUAAUAAUAAAAGAAAGAAAUGAAUAACUUAUUGGAAGAAAUCGGAGAAACAUUUUUGGUGUCAGUGCUUUGAUUUCUUGAGCUGCACGGUCUGUCUUGCUAUUAUUUUUUGUUUUAUUCUUUUGUUUUGUUUUGUUUUCUUUUGAACAACGUCCUGUCUCCACCUAGACUAAAACAAUCUUCCAGAACGUUCUUUUCUGAGCAGCCCCAUGGCCUCAUUCCCCUCAGCUCUUCCCACCUCAUCUCACCACCCUGGUUCUGUCUAGACUAGGAAAGGAGGGGAGCUCCCAGACCCCUCACCAAGCCAUCAACACCAGCUGCGUUCACGGCAGCGUCUUAACUUUCGGUGCCACCAGAAGGGACGUUCGGGGUCGCCGUGGCUCAGAUGAAUCUGCCAGCUCUAUUUUUUAAGAACUAUUUUGUGUUUUUUUCCUGGUCUAGACAGACUCUCUGUUUAGAUUGGCAGCGUUUACAGGUGUGUCUGGGUGCGUGUGUGCCUCUGUGCGUGCAUCUGUGUAUGUGCACACCCGGCUCCCCAGGGGGGCGCGGGUAUCCCCUGUAUGUUUGUGGAUAUAUAUGUAUAUAUGUGGAUAUAUACAUAUAUAUAUAUAUAUAAAUAUAUAUAAAAUAUGUGUGCGUAGCCACGCAUAUUAAUGCAUGCAAACAUACCUUUGUAAUUUAGUAAUUUUUUGUCUUUGAUGGUAAAAUGCCUUGUCUAUAAUGGGUUGCAAAAUUUUGGAAGUAAGGUCUGGUACAAUGUCAGCGCUAUCUGGUUUCUUAAUUUUCUGAGAUCUCUUUUUCUCUAGGGAGUUUUAUAUUCCUAACUAUGCCAAUAUUUCAGUCCUUAAUUUCCUUGACUAGUGUGUGUGAGAGAGCUCUUCCCCCAUUUUUAAAGAACUGUUAACAACAACAAAAAAUGAGUGAUAUGAGUAUGUAAUUCUUUCUCAGGAGUAUGCACUAUUUUAUUUUCUUCUGUUUCCUAAAGCUUUGCCCGCUUGGCUUAUGAGCUUCUUCAAAGAGGACUAGAGAUCCCUACACAAUAUAUCAGGUACAGAGAAAAAAAAUCCACAAUUCUGAUAUUCUGAUACUUUUUAUUUUUUGCUUUUUUUGCUUUUUCAAAUCAAAGCCAGUUGUUACUGAAUUCUGUAGGUGCACUUCUUUAAAGAAGCUCAAAGGGAAUAAUUUGAAUGAGAUAAAAAUAUAAGUUGAAAUCGAGGUGUACUGUUGCAAAGAGAAUAAGAGCUGUGUUGAAUGUUACGGCACUUGCUUGGCACUAGGAUUUUGUACCCAGGGAGGAAAGAGUUGCCAUGUGAGCUGGCUCCUCGUGAUGGGAGUGGGGAGGGUUUGCCAGGGAAUAUCCUGAUUUCUGAGCUCAGUCUGAGGAAAUCUGUUUCUCUUAGAAAGCUUUAUUUAAAAAAAAAAAAAAAUGUCUUGUGACUCUUGCUUUAGAACAAGUCAGUGUGGUAAGGGGGGAAAAAACUUCUUAACUCCAAUGUUUUUCUUGGUGGUUUGGUGUCUGACAGGAUGUCUUAUGCAUAUGAUUUGGGGUGGUGGGGGUGAAGGGGAAGUCUUAUUUCUUUCCUCUCUCUCUUUUUUUUUUUCUUUUUUCUUUUUUCAACAUACGUUUCUUUGUCUUCUCUGGUAAAAAUAACGCUGAAGUGUAAGGAUAUGAAUUUCUGUUUGGAUUCUGCCGUGUCGGGUAAUUGCAUGUGUUUCUCAGUGGGCAGGCCUUGUGCACUAACACAUCUUUUUGCUUAUGUCAGAACUGGGUGUGGGUAAAUCUCCUGGAGCCACUGGCAAAAUUCCAGUGGGGUCAGGCCUCCCCCUAAGAUCCCUGUGAAAGCUGCAGGACUCAGCUCCACCAUCCCAAGCAGGCACACCUGAACUCAAAACAAGAGAGAGAGAGAGAGAGAGAGAGGGGAAACCUUAGCCUUGCUUUAAUUUUGAGAUACCUUCCAAAGUGGAGAGUGAGGGAGAAAUAAUUCAGCAAUACUCUCAACAUCCCUUGAUGAAAUGUUCUCAAAACAAAAGAGCAAACUAUCCUCUUGUCCCUUGGCUCUGUGAGACGUGGUUACAGCUGAGGGCCUGCUCUGCUUUUCAGAUCUUCAUGCAGCCAGGCCUCAGCUCUUGUUCUCUACUCGUGAUUUGGGCACAGGUGGCAAUGGAAAUCCAGGGAUCAUCCAGCCCCAAGGAGGAGUGGCCCCUCCUGAGCUGCUCCUUGCUCAUGUACCUUUGGUUCUUCUGGGGCAGUGUGCUGUGGGGGCUCUCCUGUGAGAAAAUGGGGGAACCGAGGCAGGCAGCCUUCUCCAUGAGCUGCUGGGAUGAGCUGGAGGCAGCCUUAGACCCUGGCAUGUCCCUGAUAGGGACAACCAACCUGGGUUUGGUUGUGGCAGGGAUUGUCACAUCCCUGUGGAUGUCACCAGGGGAGGUGUGGUGGUCAAAUCACGGAUCCCCACCAGCAGGCUGGGGACUCUCAGACUGAAAAAUAACAUCCAGGCAGCCCCCAGUCCUCCAAAUCUUACCCCUUGCCAACCACCCCAAGUCCAUCAGGCUUCUGGGGAAGGACAAUUCAGGCUCCAGUGGCCCAGCAGUGAUGCAAGGGAAAGAGGCGAUCUGGGGAGGAACAAAUGGCCCCACCUGGAAGCACAGUUCCCUUCUCUGCCUGAUGGGAAUAUCCUGUUUAUUGGAGCAGAGAGCCAAGUGUUGGAUGUUGCCUUGCAUUCCCCCUGUAAAUAGGAUUUAUGAGGAGCCUGUGGGUCCAGCCCUUCAGCAUCACCCGGCCCAGUGGGGCUUUUGGGUGUGGGGAACUUUAUUAGACUGAGAACAAAUUAGCUCUCAGUCCUCCACAUCCCCAGCUGCAUGUGCAGGGCCAUGGGAACCUGCCCCCUGCCACCCCAGAGCUUCCAGCUGAAGGCUCUGGGGCCGUGUUGGGAAUGGCCUUUCCUUGUCUUUGGGGAAUGUGGGGGAUUCUCCUUUCAGCUGCACACGACAGUAUCCCACCAUCACUGUGGAUUAAUGGGGACAGGGAACCCUUGGGGAACUUCUUGGGGAAAGACUUAGGUAUGUGAGGGCCUGAUCCUGCUCUUGCUGAAAUCUCCCCUAGACACAGGUUUGGUCACCUGGACCACGCCUAAACCUUGAGCAGGUUGAGGGAAGAGUUUCAGUCUGUCCCUUGUGCCUUCUACCUGGAGGAGACAAACUGCAAAUGCCAGACUGUGCAGUGCUCAGGCAAAAUAAAGCCAAAUUCCCAUUGACUGCAGUGGGAUGUCCUCCCUCCAUUUGCUCCCCAAAGUGUGGAGACAGAACUCACGAGGUUUAUGACUGAAUGCAAUCAGGCAGAGAACAGGAGAGGAGCAUAGCUCUCUGUCCUUCUCCCAGCUUAGUCUUGGUCCCAGAGGGAAUUAUCCAUUGCUUGGUGGCUCCUCUCAGUGCUCAGAGUACAGAAGUCACCCCCAAACUAAACUCAGCCUCCCUCUGGAAGGCAUUUUCCUGCUCCCCUCCACUUUCCCAGCCCGACUACUUGUGUUGGCGGAGCACCUCAGACGUUUAUCUCAUAAUUGAGUUAUUAAAAGAUUUGGUUUCCUCGGGAUCAUAAAUCAAUAAACAGGAGGAUUAACACGGCAGCCUUGCUUUGUAACUCAAGGGAAAAGUUUGAGGAGAGACCAUGAAAAGUUUGUUUUCAAACCAAACAGGUGGGUUACUGUAAAUUUUAUUUUAUUCUUAGUCUCCUUUUUUUUUUUUUUUUAUUAAUAACAAUUCCUUAAUUGCCAUUGGAAAGAUCUUUAUUUUUGCAUGCUCCCUGACUUUUUUUUUUUCCUGGUUGUUAUUUACGCAAGAUGUGAGGGAAACAAGAAGCCAAUUUUAUGGGAAUCCUUUUACAACCCGAUGGUUUCUUUAAAAUCGGGUUGUGUCUUGUCCCACCUAAUAGAAAUUCUCUGUGAGAAGCUGUUUAAAAGUCCCUUUGCAUCCCAGACCAGUCUCUCCCCAAAUCCCCAGAUUUGCAUUUGGGGCUGGGAGGGAGCGGGGGAAGGAUGGUUUUAAGACCUUUAGCUGUGCCCAAAGGGCUUGUUUCCCUUCCCCUGCUCCUCUCUGACCGGUUUAUCACACAGACCUGUCCGCCUCUGCUUUAAUACAUUUCUCUGAGAAUUUGGUGCUUGUUUCAGCUGCCGUAAGCAUUUACCAGAUCGACCCAGCCAACCUCCCCCUCCCCUCCGGCUUCCCUGUGUGAGAGAGACCGUAGGCUUUUUACAAAUAGUAUAUUUUCUUAUACAAAGGGAAAAAAAAAAAAUAAAACAUCCCCAAACACACUGGCAAACGCCUGAACAUUUCGAGAGAGAUGAAACACUGUGUGCCAGCGAGAAAUAAGGCAAAAAAAAAGAAUAAAAAAGAAAAAAAAAAAAAAAAAAAGACCCAAACAAAUGCAAAGCUCUGAAAAAGCGAAUGAGAAACUGGUAAGAUGAAAGAAAAAAUAAUAAAAAAUUUCUCCUUUUAUGCCCCAAACGAUCCCUUUCACCUCCUCUUCUUGAAAAAUCUGACCAUGCAGUUAGAAAUAUCAGUUUAUCGACUCUUCCUGAGAAGAUAUGUGGAGAGGCAUUCAGUAUUGAGUUUGUAUAUAUUUAUUUAUGCUUAAUUUAACGGGAAUGUGUAAAUAUGGCGAGCAAGUAGUUUUUGGGUUAUUUAUCUGUGACUCUAUACCUCUGUGAAUGGGUGGGGGAAUUUAAAAACGAAAAGUAUAAAAAAAAAAAAAAA